AUGAACCGUCUCUCAACUGAGAUAGACGAGAACAUCACACAGCGUUUGGACAAGAAAGAUCUCUCGGCUCUCCUGAAGACUUCGAGAUAUCAUCGCACGAUAGCAGAACCAUACCUAUACGGCGAACUCACCUUCUCGGACCAACAGCAUGCUAGCAUAAGCCUACUUCUCAACACCAUACUCGAUCGUCGAGAGCUGGCGGGGCGUAUCCGUUCGUUCACUUUGACCGACAAGGAGCACACAAACACUUUUUCGAGCACUCACAGCCCUACGUCACUCUGGCCGAGGCUGGCUGAGGUCAAACUUCUACUUGAAGAGUUCGUUCCGUUGUCGUCGUCAUCUUCGUCGUCGUCGAGGCUUCUAGCAAAGCGAUGGCUCCAACAAUUGUUGGCUUAUGCGCCGGUCAUCGACGGUAAAGUCGCGAUGAUCAUUUGUCUUGCGAAAGAAAUAAAUGAUAUUACCCUCAGCACCAGUCUGCUACAGAUGCCAAUAAUGCGUAUCGUCAUCGGUUGGCCAUGGAUCGAAGUGGACGCUAUUGCAGAGGAGGAUCAUUUGACCUCACUAACCUUGGAAAUAUAUAAUUCGAGUACCUACCACACUCAACUCGAUGAUCCUUUUCCUCGGCAUCCUUCUCCCCCUUUAACAGACGCUACCGACAACGGAAAGAAAGAGGGUGAACAGGCUAUUCGGACGCGCGACACAUACCGCAUGAAGCAAAUGGACGACCGCGAUGCUCUUUAUCCGUUCCACAAGUUGAAGAGGUUAAGUAUUCAUGACCCAAAACGUCUCGCCAGCUACAAAAGUGUUUUCCGGUCCGGGUACCCUAGACGGCUUUUUCAAAGCUUCGAGUCACUUUGCAGCUUAACCACCCUCACUAUAGACGAUGAGCUUAUCGACUUAAAAUAUCCAAGUCUACUCGUCGACAUACUCACUUCACAAGUGCUGCCAACCAGAUUGCAGUCAUUGAGCAUUACCAGCAUCUGCUAUGCGCGACUCGCACAACUAUGCCAAAAGCACACAACAGGUGAAGAGCAAGAUGUGGCUAUAAAGUGCAUCGUCAACGCAGUGACAGCUUUACGCCUAGAGAGGUUCGAGUUACACACCAAGGCGUCGUGGCAUGUGCUUUGGGCCGAUUACAUGAGGGAGCGAGAUGAGUCGAUUCAUAGAGUCGUUCCUGUUAUGAUUGAUGCUUUGAAUCGCUGUGGAACUACGAUGCGCGUUUGGCAUCAGGGCGUAUCGGGACAGACCUUAUGGUACGAGCCCGGUUUUGCGGUAGCGGAACAAGACUGGGACUAG